GUUGAAUUCAACCAUGCUAUGAAUGCAAAGCCAAUCUAACUUUACCAAUGCUAUGUAUGUUAGGUAAAGCUACAGUUGCCUGCAGUCUGGGCUAUGCUAUGCUAAGACCUGCACGAUGCUUUAAGGCGCAAGAAUGCUGGCCUAAACAAACUUUUGUAUUACAGUGAACCAGUUGUAGAAAGAAAGGAGUUCUAGAAGGGAACAGUUAUACAAGGGACCAAAUUAAAAAUAAGAGCAAAAGCAAGUGUAAAUCCCAAGAAACUACAGAACUAGUUUCUACGCCACAUUCACCAAAACAUGAAGAGUCAUAAGUCUUCGACCUCGAGGACCAGUUGCAAAGCAUCUCACCCAUGCGACGUGAUCAGAGGAAGCUACAGCGACUGGAUUGGCAGCGCCAUCAAUAAGGAUGUGGUUAUCGUAGGAGGUGGCAUCUCUGGACUGAGUGCCAUGAAGAAGUUGCUUGAGGAACAGGUGACAGAUGUAGUGAUCCUCGAGGCGCAGGACUACCUCGGAGGACGAGUGAAGACAUACCGGGAAGGCUCCAUUCUGAUAGAGGAAGGAGCGGAGUGGAUCCACGGAGGCCGCCGGAAUCCUCUGUACAAGUUGGCUGACAGCCUCGGGAUGCUCACCCAGCCGCUUGAAGAUUCAGAAUAUGACUGGCGCUUGAAAACCUCGGGAGGGGAUGAAGCCAGCGAAGCUGGAUACAGCGUCGCCGAAGAAGUGUUCAACCAGUGUGGGGAGAGUUCGGCUCUGCAAGGUUACUACGACACUGCCCAUGGCCAGUGUUUCCUGGACAGGUUCGAGAGUUUGUACGAUGAUGGCUCAACUUCGCCAGAAGAGAAGAACGCUUGGCUGCAUUAUCUCAACAUGUGGGCGCUGAGAGACGGAGGCGUCAACGACUGGAUGGAACAGUCAGCAAGAGAUGUGGAUCAGUUCAUAGCCUAUGGAGGCGAAGACAAGCUGAACCAGUGGAGCCAGGGAUACGAUGCUCUCACCAAUUACCUCAAGAGUUCUAUUCCUGAAGAAAAGAUCAAGCUAAAUACCCCAGUGUGUAAAAUCUUCUGGGAAUCAGAUCCGAACGGGAAGGCUCUGAUCGUAACAGCUACAAACGAAGCCUACCUAACCGACUACGUCCUUGUUACAGCCUCCGUCGGGCACCUGAAGGAGAGACACCUACAGCUCUUUGACCCCUCUCUACCAGCUCGCUAUCAAAAUGACCUGAAUAAAAUCGACCUCGGUGUAGCAGACAAGAUUCAAAUCGGAUGGGAAUCACCCUGGUGGGAAAAGACUGACCCAAAACCCCUGGACCUUCACAUUAUAUUUAAGAAUUUCGAUCUCCCUGCUGAAGAGUCAUGGCUGUAUGGUAUCAUGGAGGUUUUGGGCGUCCACCAGCAGCCGAAUGUGUUGCAGGCCUUUGUCGUGGGAGACAGCGCCCGGGAAAUGGAGAACCUGUCGACCGAUGACGUCCAACGACAUUUUCUCAAAUUCCUUAGCAGAGUCACUGGACAGACCGUUCCAGAACCUAGCUUCUUCAGGAGGAGCCAGUGGGGGAAGAAUGUCUGGGUGAGAGGUUCCUACAGCUCUUACAUCACAGUCAGCGGUGACCAAGCAGGUCUCAAGUCCAGAGAGCCCUUGGCUGAAGCCAUCAUCAAUUCAUACGGCAACAGAGUCAUCCACUGGGCAGGAGAGCAUACCCAUCUUAGUCGGUACGGCACCGUGGACGGGGCACUGAGCAGCGGGAGGAGGGCAGCCCUAGAAAUCCUCGAGGAGAUAGAAAGUGACCAUUAGGAUAUCAGGAUUGGCGAAACUGCCAUGGAAGGAUAGGUUUACGCACGGUCUAUCUGGACCGUGGGUUUACGUUGGGAAAAAUAAGAUCGAAUGCUCUCUGAAGAUAAGAAGGAGAGGUUAACGUUGGAGAGAGAGAGGAAAAAAAAAAAAAAAAAAAAACAGCACUGUGGAGUAAAUUCACACCGGAGGAAGUAAAAUUUAACAUUGGUGGAAAAUUUAACAAAUGAUGAAAAGUUAAAAAAAAAAAUUAACCUUGAAUGAAUUUGUACCGUAAGUUUUCAUGACCAACAUUACUGAUGGGAUUCACCUAGGAAUAAAUUCAACCAUCUCAGGGAUAAGUCUUAAUGUUUUGCUUGUUUUUUAUGAUUAAGCUCGCUUUAUGCCAGCACGGACUCUUGCUCACAGCAGCCCGUGAAGCGUUUUUCUGUUAUUCUGAAUUGGCAUAUCAAUAUUUUCGAAUAAGUCUUAAGCUCUUAGGAAUCUAAUUAAAUCCACUUACCACAAAAUUUUUUCUCAAAGGUUCCCACAUCCUUCACUAAAAUAAAUUCAUGAUUCUUUGCAACCAGUUGUAUUUGGACAAUAAAUUCAUCUGCGUCUUAA